AGCUUGAGAUAUUUCGCGUUAUUCUGAAACUCUUUGUGUGAUGAACAGCUUCGAUGUGAAAUUAUAUGUACCUGUUUGGAGUAUAGGUUGAACCUAUCUUGUGUUCAUCAUAAAAGGGCCCAAGAUUGUUCUGUUAAAAGGAAGUAGAGGGUAUCGGUUCGGCCGCCGAGGUGCCGUCCCACCGCUCAGCCCGCUCCAUGGCGGGCCCGGAGGAGCUGCGGCUUUCCCCGCAGCCGCCGCCCUCCUCUGCCUCGUCUUCAGACGCGUCUUCAGCAUCUUCCCCCGGCACCCCGGGGGGUUUGGGCUGGCCGGUUCCAAACAGGAACAGCGGCCGGCCGGUGGACCCGCUGGAGGAGGUGGAGCUGCAGAUCGGAGACAAGAUGGCGAGGGCAGCAUUUUCAUUAACCAAAUUUCUUGAAGCUGCAUCUGCAGUAUCAGCUCUAGUGGAAGAGCUUGCCUUCAAAUGUACAGAAAAUGCACGUUUCCUUAAAGCAUGGCGGGACCUCUUGAAAGAAGGCUAUGAUUCCUUGAAACCUGACAACUGA